UGCAGUGUCUGGUGUAGGAAUCUGUGAUCCAAAAGAGGACCAAUAAAAUAAGGCCAACUCACCUCCCAAAAUCUUUCUUCCGCCAUUCCCCUCCUCACAAUAUCUUAAUCUAACCUCCUCCUCAUGAUCUUUAUUCAUAUCUUAUGUAUAUCCUCAUCCCUCUCCCUCUUUCUCCCUGUAAUUCAAUCUGAUCAUUUCUUUCUCUCCCACCUACACCUCGCAAUGGCAUCCUCCGCCUUCUUCUCGGCACCGACCUUCUCAUCCGCCGCCACCACCCUCCAGAAGCACCUUCCCCACCAAUCCUUCCAAGGUCUCAGACCCCUCAGCAAGCCCACUGACCUCUCCCUCACCAUCCCCAGAAUGUCCACCAGACCCAUCCCCAAGAGGAGCGCCGGCGUGGUGAGAGCCGAGCUGAACACCUCUCUGGUGAUCAGCUUGAGCACUGGGCUAUCCCUCUUCCUUGGGAGGUUCGUCUUCUUCAACUUCCAGAGGGAGAACGUGGCCAAGCAAGUCCCUCAGCAGAACGGCUUGACCCACUUCGAGGCUGGCGACUCAAGGGCCAAGGAGUACGUAAGCCUCCUCAAAUCCAACGACCCUGUUGGUUUCAACAUCGUUGAUGUCCUGGCUUGGGGCUCCAUCGGCCACAUCGUGGCUUAUUACAUCCUUGCCACCUCCAGCAACGGCUAUGACCCCAAGUUCUUCGGCUGAUUUCAGUACCCCCUGUUGCUCUGUAAACUGUGUAUACAUGAUUGAUUAGUUGUUGGGAAAUGGAGCUCCUUCUUCUUCUUC